UGAACCUGAAAGGAAGAGUGUAAGGGCUUAUGAAAGUGAAUCAAAAGGGUGGGGCUAAGAAGAGGGAGGUGUAACCAUUUUUUUUUUUUUAAGUUCCUACAGUUAAAAGUUACUUAACUCAGCCACAAUUUCUUACUUUAGGAACAAAUUUCCACUUCUGCUCCAGGGGAAGAAAACAAGGUGCUCAUAAAACACCCCAAGCUAUUACUUCCUUGGGAAAACAGCAUUGGAUUUUCCCAAUGGAUUCUCUAACAAAAUCAAUCAAUCAAUUUGCCCUGGAAUUUAGCAAAAAGCUAGCUGAAUCUGCUGAGGGUAAAAAUAUUUUCUUUUCUCCUUGGGGCAUCUCAACCUCCUUAGCCAUGGUGUAUUUGGGCACCAGAUGUACCACAGCAUCCCAAAUAGCCCAGGUGCUUCAAUUUAACAGAGAUCAGGACAACAAAUCUUAUCCUGAAGGUGAAAAGAAAAGGAAAACGGACUUCACCUUGGGGAAGGUUGAAGAAAUACACUCCAAUUUCCAGACACUCAUCUCUGAAAUCAACAAUCCCAGUAAUGCCUAUAUACUUAAAACAGCCAAUGGGAUAUAUGCAGAAAAAACAUACCCAUUUCUCAAUAAAUAUUUAGAAGACAUGAAAGCAUACUUUGGUGCAGAGCCACAGCCUGUGAACUUUUUGGGAGCUUCUGACCAAAUCAGAAAGGAGAUCAACUCUUGGGUUGAAAGCCAGACUGAAGGAAAAAUCCCAAAUCUCCUACCUGAUGAUGCUGUAGAUUCUGCAACCAGAAUGGUCCUGGUGAAUGCCCUUUACUUUAAAGGAACCUGGGAACAUCAAUUCUUAGUCCAAGACACCACAGAAAAGCCUUUCAGAAUAAACAAGACUACAAGCAAACCAGUGCAAAUGAUGUCGAUGAAAAAAAAGCUUCCCGUUUUUCACAUAGAAAAGCCACAAGCAAUCGGCCUUCAACUCUACUAUGAGAGCCGGGCCCUCAGCCUGUUCAUACUGCUGCCAGAAGACAUCAGUGGGCUGGAUGAGCUGGAAAAGGCCAUCACCUUUGAAAAGCUGAGUGAGUGGACCAGUGCAGACAUGAUGGAGAUGUAUGAUGUGAAGCUGCACCUUCCCAAGUUUAAGCUGGAAGAGUCUUAUGAUCUCAAGUCAGCCCUAAGCAGCAUGGGGAUGAGCGAUGCCUUCAGCCAGAACAGGGCUGAUUUCUCUGGAAUGUCCCCAGAGAAAAACCUAUUUCUGUCCAAUGUUUUCCACAAGUCCUUUGUGGAAAUAAAUGAAGAAGGUACCGAGGCUGCAGCUGGUAGUGGGAGUGAGGUGGGUUUUCGAAUCAGACUCCCAUCCAUUGAAUUCAGUGCAGACCACCCAUUCCUCUUCUUCAUCAGGCACAACAAAACCAAUAGUAUUCUCUUUUAUGGGAGAUUCUGCUCCCCCUAAGCCUGCUUCCUUUUCAUCAAACAAGACGAUGUGAUAAAUACAUCAUAAGAUGGAAAAACAAUUAUACUAAAAACUAGUUUGCAGUCUAGAUAUUUUUCACAUUUGAAUAUUAGCAAAUAAAUCUUGAAAUAAUGCAUGCUAGUGAUACUGUCAUAUCUUUAUGGCUAGAAAGAAUGGCAAAUUUUAUUUCUUCCACUAGACAUUUUUUAAAAUGUGGCCUUUACUUACAUUUCCAAACUACUGUUACUCAACUAAAUGCCUUAUAAUUCUUGAGCUGUCUGGUCAUGGUAUUAUCACUUAUGUUUCACAUGGAUAAUUUAAUGAAGAAAAAUCUUUAUAAAGACAAUAUAUUGAUAAACAAGAAUGUUUUGACAAGUAUAAUUUUGAUAGUUCAUAAAUUACCCCUGGAAAAUUAAAUUUGCCUUUUCUGUUAUCUAUUUAAAAAUACGAUGUUGACAUUAAUGGCAAAGCUAGUGAAAGCCAAAUGAAAUUUGGGAAUUUACUUAACAGCAAUGCACCAAUGUUGGCUUCUUAGUUUUCACAGAUGUGUCUUGGUCAUAUUAGAUAAUAGUGUCACUGGAAAAGGAGCAAGCUCUGAGCAGGAUCGGCCUGUAAUGCAUGGGUUCUUGACUUUGUGCAAGAUAGAUUUCACAGUACCAGACCAAGUAAUUUUUAGGAUAUGAUUAUUAAAGCUGGGAAUAUGAAACAAAAGGAGGUCUCAGGGGAGAAGUAGCAACAGGAUAGAGCCCAGGUGAGUGAUUCGGCUCUAUAGAAACUGCUUAUUGGUAGUCUCACCAGCUGUUAUUCUAACUUUAGAGAUUAACUGUAUCACUCUAGAUUGCUUGUUUAACUUUAUUUUACAAUUGGAAGAGUGGAUCAGACCUGAACAUUAUUAUAUAAAUUAGUACAAGAAAAUGUAUUAAACAAAUGACUAUGCCUUAGCUACAAAGAUGGAAAAUUUUAAUAUUUAUGAUAUUUUAUCAUCUCUUUAUGAAACAUUUCACAUUAAGUCACAAUGAAAGAAAUCACUUGUGGAGAUUUUGCCGCCUGGCAUUUUGCUUCCAUCAGCCAGCUGUAGAUUGCCCACACCUUCCUGUAAUGGCAGACAGCUUCUGUGAGCUAGUUCUGACCUCGGGCAAAUUUCUUUGCCACUGGCAGACAGCACAUUUCUGUGUCACCCAUACCUUCAAAGAAGUCUGAAUCUCUGCCCCAGGGCAUUAAGCUGCCUGUAGGUAAAGGUACUUCUUGUCUGUGAAUGAGAAAUAAACUAUUUUUUUUUAAAUGUGAUCAAUUUAAGAACAUCUUUUGUAUAUUUUUCCAUCACUAGAUGAUUUUAUUACUAAAAUAAAAUAUUACUAAAAUAAUAUGAAAACUCUCAUGUAUUUGCAUUUAAACUUGGAAACACAAUUCCAAAACUUCAUAAAAAUCCUCCAAACAGAAAACAUUUGGUGGGCUUCAAACUGUAAAAAUGUU